CGGAAGUGCCGGCCCGGAGCCCGCGCCCGGCGGGUGUCUCCUUUGCGCUGCCCAGCAGCCGCUUGCACCAGCCAUGGACUGCUACACGGCGAACUGGAACCCGCUCGGGGACUCUGCCUUUUACCGGAAAUAUGAGCUGUACAGCAUGGACUGGGACCUGAAGGAGGAACUCAGGGAUUGCCUGGUAGCUGCUGCGCCCUACGGGGGCCCAUUGGUAUCACUGUUGAGGAAACCGUGGCGGAAAGAGAAGGCUGCCAGCGUCACGGCCGUGCUUGAGAUCUAUUCUGUCGGCCUGCCUCUGGCCAGUCUGCUGUGGAAGAGUGGGCCCGUGGUGUCCCUAGGCUGGUCAGCUGAAGAGGAGCUGCUCUGCGUGCAGGAGGAUGGUGGAGUGCUGGUGUAUGGGCUUCACGGUGACUUCCGGAGACACUUCAGCAUGGGCAAUGAGGUGCUCCAGAACCGGGUUCUGGACGCCCGGAUCUUCCAUACUGAGUUUGGUUCAGGGGUGGCCAUCCUCACCGGGGCCCACCGCUUUACUCUCAGUGCCAAUGUCAGUGACCUCAAACUCCGCCGGAUGCCAGAGGUGCCAGGUCUGCAGGGUGCACCUACGUGCUGGACCGCCCUCUGCCAGGACCGAGUUGCACACAUUCUUCUGGCUGUGGGGCCUGAUCUUUACCUCCUGGACCAGUCCGCCUGCUCUGCAGUGACACCUUUUGGCCUGGCGCCAGGAGUGAGCAGCUUCCUGCAGAUGGCCGUCUCCUUCACCUACCGACACCUGGCACUCUUCACGGACACAGGCUACAUCUGGAUGGGGACAGCAUCACUCAAGGAGAAGCUGUGUGAGUUCAACUGUAACAUCCGCCCCCCGAAGCAGAUGGUCUGGUGCAGCCGCCCUCGCAGCAAAGAGAGGGCCGUUGUGGUGGCCUGGGAGAGGCGGCUAAUGGGGGGUGAUGCGCCCGAGAGCAUCCAGUUUGUGCUGGACGAAGACUCCUAUUUGGUUCCUGAGCUGGAUGGGGUCCGCAUCUUCUCUCGUAGCACCCACGAGUUCCUACAUGAGGUUCCAGUGGCCAGCGAGGAGAUCUUCAAAAUUGCCUCAAUGGCCCCUGGAGCGCUGUUGUUGGAGGCCCAGAAAGAGUAUGAGAAAGAGAGCCAGAAGGCAGAUGAGUACCUACGGGAGAUCCAGGAGCUGGGGCAGCUGACCCAGGCCGUGCAGCAGUGCAUCGAGGCCGCGGGACAUGAGCACCGGCCAGACAUGCAGAAGAGCCUGCUCAGGGCGGCCUCCUUUGGGAAGUGUUUCCUCGACAGAUUUCCACCUGACAGCUUUGUGCGCAUGUGUCAGGACCUGCGUGUGCUCAAUGCCAUUCGGGAUUAUCACAUCGGGAUCCCCCUCACUUAUAGCCAAUAUAAGCAGCUCACCAUCCAGGUGCUGCUGGACAGGCUUGUGUUGCGGAGGCUUUACCCCCUGGCGAUCCAGAUUUGUGAGUACCUGCGCCUUCCUGAAGUGCAGGGCGUCAGCAGGAUCCUGGCAUGGGCCUGCUACAAGGUGCAACAGAAGGACGUGUCCGACGAGGAUGUUGCUCGGGCCAUUAACCAGAAGCUGGGGGAUACGCCUGGCGUCUCUUACUCUGACAUUGCCGCGAGGGCCUAUGGCUGUGGCCGCACAGAGCUGGCCAUCAAGCUGCUGGAGUAUGAGCCACGCUCUGGGGAGCAGGUACCCCUUCUCCUAAAGAUGAAGAGGAGCAAACUGGCACUGAGCAAGGCCAUUGAGAGUGGGGACACUGAUCUGGUGUUCACGGUGUUGCUGCACCUGAAGAAUGAGCUAAAUCGAGGAGAUUUUUUCAUGACUCUUCGGAACCAGCCCAUGGCCCUGAGUUUGUACCGACAGUUCUGUAAACAUCAGGAGCUAGAGACGCUGAAGGACCUCUACAAUCAGGAUGACAACCACCAGGAGCUGGGCAGCUUCCACAUCAGAGCCAGCUAUGCUGCAGAGGAGCGUAUCGAGGGGCGGGUUGCAGCUUUGCAGACAGCAGCUGACGCCUUCUACAAAGCCAAGAACGAGUUCGCAGCCAAGGCCACAGAGGAUCAAAUGAGGCUCCUACGGCUGCAGCGACGCCUAGAAGAUGAGUUGGGGGGCCGGUUCCUGGACUUGUCUCUACACGACACGGUCACUACCCUCAUCCUUGGAGGCCACAACAAGCGCGCAGAGCAGCUGGCACGUGACUUCCGCAUUCCUGACAAGAGGCUCUGGUGGCUGAAGCUGACUGCCCUGGCCGAUCUGGAAGACUGGGAGGAGCUAGAGAAGUUUUCAAAGAGCAAGAAAUCACCCAUUGGCUACCUGCCCUUUGUUGAGAUCUGCAUGAAGCAACACAACAAAUAUGAGGCCAAGAAGUAUGCCUCCCGUGUGGGUCCGGAGCAGAAGGUCAAGGCCUUGCUUCUCGUUGGGGAUGUGGCUCAGGCCGCAGAUGUGGCCAUCGAGCACAGGAAUGAAGCAGAGCUGAGCCUUGUAUUAUCCCACUGCACUGGAGCCACAGAUGGGGCCACGGCCGACAAAAUUCAGCGGGCUAGGGCACAAGCCCAGAAGAAGUGAGGGGCUCACCCCACACAUCUCCUUGAGCUGUAGCCUUGGCCGAAGCGUCACUGCGCAUCCAGCUUCUCCCCCAGAGCUAAGCUGAGGAGCUGGGGUGGGGUCGGAGCCAGGGGUCUGGAUGUAAAUAAAGUUGGGACAUUUUAGA